AUGACCGAACAUGUAGAGACCUGCAGCUACAGGAAUAUCACGCCAUUGAUGAGUCAUUCAUUCUCCCGCUGCUUCUUUCUACCUCCAGCAGGAUGGAUCAAAACAUGUCGCUACUUUUGUUCCAAGGUUCCAAAUAUUAAUAAAAUGAAGAAAAUUUAUGAAGACACAGAACCACUGCCUCUUAUAUUAGAGAACCGUCUGAAGCAAACUAUAAUUUCUAGACAGAAUAAAACAAACUAG